ACUAACGUCUCGCGAGAUUUCACGCCGGGCAUCGGGGGGAAAUACGCUGCAUGGGGGGAGUUUCUUCCUUUCUUGUUGCCCGGCCAUCUUGGAGGCGCGUCUCGGCUCCCGCCGGACCCGACACGAGGCAGCAACAUGGUGGCCGCGAAGAAAACGAAAAAGUCGCUGGAGUCCAUAAACUCAAGGCUUCAACUGGUUAUGAAAAGUGGUAAAUAUGUGCUUGGGUACAAACAGACUCUGAAAAUGAUUCGGCAGGGCAAAGCCAAGUUGGUCAUCCUAGCCAACAACUGUCCUGCUUUGAGAAAAUCAGAGAUUGAGUACUAUGCUAUGUUGGCAAAGACUGGUGUGCAUCACUACAGCGGCAACAACAUUGAGUUGGGUACAGCAUGUGGAAAAUACUACAGAGUGUGCACGCUGGCUAUCAUUGAUCCAGGCGAUUCUGACAUCAUUAGAAGCAUGCCAGAGCAGACCACUGAGAAGUAAAAGCUGGAGAGCUGUCAUCCUUUCUAUAAUAAAACUGGUUACAGACUUGUUUUAAAAA